AUGUACACUAGAAGACCAUCGAGCAGGAAGUGGGCGAUUCUUUUGGCAUUUACUUCAGGUGUCUGGUCCCAGGACUACAGAGGGAAGAUUGCUAAUUACGUGGACACCUUAGCGCUGCAUGUCCCUGAGGAGGGAGCUCGGGCGCAGCACUGGGAGCAUGAUCGUGCAGAGCCGAGCAGCGGCCAGGAGAAUGCCUGCGCCGGGCUGGCCAGCGUCUUUGCCAUCCAAAGGGGUGGUGCUCAGAAAGGAACGGCUCUCGCCCUGCCGUCACUGGUAAUAAAUGCAGGGAAGAGCACACACAAUGAAGAUCAAGCCAGCUGUGAAGUCCUCUUUGUCAAGAAGAAAGCUGGAGGCGCUAAUUCUACACCAAACAAGAACUCUUCAACAAAACGGAGGUCGUCGCUGCCCAAUGGAGAAGGUCUCCAGCUGAAAGACAAUUCGGACACAGAUGGGAUCAACCUGUACUACUGGUCCCUGUUUGAUGGACACGCUGGGUCGGGGGCAGCUGUGGUUGCUUCCAAACUGCUGCAGCACCAUAUCCUGGAACAGCUGCAGGAGAUCGUGGACAUCCUGAGGAACACGGCCGUCCUCCCACCCACCUGCCUGGGAGAGGAGCCCGACAACCCAGCCACCAACAGCAGGACGCUGACGCGGGCGGCCUCCCUGCGUGGUGGUGUGGGGGCCCCAGGCUCGCCCAGCACCCCUCCAACACGCUUCUUCACUGAGAAGAAGAUCCCACAUGAGUGCCUGGUUAUUGGGGCCAUAGAAAGUGCAUUCAAGGAAAUG